AAACAGACAAAAUAACAGCUCACCAGGUCGCUAUAAUAACUUGCUCAGGAUUGGUUUUAAUUACACUUUACUAACGGGGUUCAUCUUUGGCGUUUUUUUUGUUGUUGUUGUAUUUUUUCACUUUGCUCAGUUUGCUACCUUAAAUAAAGAAAGGACUUCUGCUGCUAGCGAGAGGCUAAAAACAAUUAGCAGACAAAGUCCAGCGUUGCUCGGACAGCAUGUGAACAAGAAACAUUGGCACAUGUGAAGUGUCCAGCACUAAAGGCAGACUACUAGAUAGUUUGUUGUCAGUCACACUGUUUGCCAGCGACCCCAGGACCAGUGGACAGAGCUGCGGACGGUAUGUUUCCCUUAGACUCACCGUGGAACAUCUCUUUCGCAGGUUGCGGCUUCCUCGGCAUCUACCACAUCGGAGUGGCGAGCUGCCUGCUGGAUCAGGCGCCUUUUCUGGUCAAACAUGCCCGGCACAUAUAUGGAGCAUCGGCAGGAGCUCUCACCGCCACCGCUCUGGUCUCUGAAGUAUGUCUUGGAGAGACUGGUGCAAGCAUCAUCCAGGUUGCCAAAGAGGCGAGGAAGCGAUUCCUCGGACCAAUGCAUCCCUCCUUUAACCUGGUGAAGAUUGUGCGACACAUGCUGCACCGCACUCUUCCAACUGACUGCCACCACCAGGCCAGCGGGCGGCUGGGAAUCUCUCUGACAAGAGUUACAGACGGAGAAAAUGUCCUGGUGUCCCACUUUAACACCAAGGAGGAGGUGGUGCAGGCAUGUAUCUGCAGCGCCUACAUCCCAGUCUACUGUGGCCUCAUUCCUCCUACACUGCAAGGAGUGCGAUAUGUUGACGGAGGAAUCUCGGACAACUUGCCUCAGUAUGACCUAAAAAACACCAUCACUGUGUCCCCGUUCUCUGGAGAGAGUGACAUCUGUCCCCAAGACACCUCAACUAACAUCCAUGAGCUGCGUUUCACCAACACAAGCAUCCAGUUUACCCUCACCAACCUCUACAGAGUUUCCAGGGCGCUUUUUCCUCCGGAUCCCAUGGUUAUGAAGGCCAUGUGUAAACAGGGAUAUAAAGAUGCUCUACACUUUUUAAAGAAGAAUGGAUUGUUCAAUGUCAAUGGGCCCUACAGAGACAGACCCCUGCUUGCUAAUGAAGAUGAAAAUGAGGAUUUUGAUGAAGUUGAAGAUGAGGAUGAUACUAAAAGUGAAGAGGAAGACAAGCCACACGUAGAAGCGAAAUCAGUGAUGUUUCUUGCCAAGUCCUCACCAGAGGAGCACAUCAUCGAAUGCCUCCCACCUAAACUGCACAAAGCUCUGGUCGAGGCCUGCAUGGAGAGGAGGAGUCUGGUGCAGUCGCUAGGCAACCUGCUUCCUGUCAGGAUGGCCUCAGCCAUGAUGCUUCCCUACACUCUCCCUCUGGAAUCUGCCAUGUCCUUGACUCUCAGACUUCUGGAGUGGCUGCCAGAUGUGCAGGAAGAUGUGGGGUGGAUUCGAGAACAGAUCAUGAAAAUCCUGCAGCAUGCUCUUCGCCACACCUCCAGAAGUAUUUCUCGGAAUGUAUCAGCCAGGUUGUUCUGCCAGCUGGAGCUACACCACUACCAGGCCCUCCCAUCCCGGUUCAGCUCCACUAGCCUGUUUCCCACCUGGGUGAAUGGAAGCGGUUCUUCAGUCCAGGACGUCUUCGUACGUCUCGACCACUACAAGAAGCAGCUGCUGUCUGGAGUCCUCUGUAUCAACAUGGACCUGCAGGGCUCCUUCAAAACUGGAGCUACGUCACCAGACGGCAGCCUGCCACCUAGUCCCUCGCAACAAGGCCUCGUGAUGCGCAGUCUUAAUAUUCCACAAGAUUCCAACUCUGGAGAAACUCUGACUGUCUCCUAAGAGCUUCUGAUAGGCUUCUGUUACUGCAGCACUGAUACUUAUCCAAGAGCCAAAAACAUAUCUAAAGGAUUUAAAUCAGAUUUGAAUAUCUGUUUUCUGUUUUGUGACCUAAUCAGCCCCUUUCUAUAGUGGUUGAAAAUGGUAAUACAUUACCAUAGUUACACUUACUAUGUAUUAAGUAGUUCUGGAUCAACGCAUGACCCUGAAAUAACUGUUUAGCUACAGUACAGUCAUGCAAGCCUGCAGACAUACUGUAUGUCUGUAAGUGUAUUCAGACUUAGCACAAGUGCUCAGUCAUGUACAAACUUGAAUUACAGGAUGUUGCAAACAAAAAUGCGCACUUGAAGUAGCACAGUUAAAAUAGACGAGUGUUUAUGUUUUUAGUGGAAUGCAGUCAGACCAGUAGUUAAGCAGCAUUUUCCUGCUGUAUCCGGUUAUGAGCUUUAAGUUACUUCAGCUACCCAGACAGUGUAGGACUACAGCAAAAAGAAAGAAAAAAAAACAGCAACGGAUGCACCAAUCUGUUACAACUAGUUACUCCAUUUAUGUGAUGCAAGUGUCAAUGCACUGUUGUUAAAAAUCGCACUGUUGUUAAAAAUCACAGUCUUUCUAAGUCUGUCUUAAUGCCAAGAUCUGAUAUCUCAGCAAUUAUUUAUAUGUAAAAUACAAAAAUGCUUUUAGCAAUCAUAGGCUCUUGUUUGUUAUCAUGUAAAAUACAUCUCUUUUAGAACUGAUGUUAAAUCUUUGCUUUGAGUUGCUGCUUAGAUAACUUUUAAACAACAGCUGUGAUGCUAUUUUACAUUUUUCCUGCUUUUACAGUAAAUCAAAGAUGUGAUUUUUAAUUAGUCAAAGAAUCUGUUUGAUUUGAAUUUUACUUUUUCUUCUCUUGUACUGUGUACAAUAUUGUCUUCGAUCAAGAGGUGCCUUAAACUUCAAUGAAAUUAUUUCCAAGUGAAUACAACAUAUUGUACAAAUGUUGUAGGGGAUAAUAUUUAUGUGAUCAUGAAAUAAAGUGGAUAGCAUUAA